UGGAAUUUAGUGCGUUAUUGCAUUUCGAACGAGGUGGUGGUGGAUAUUAAUAUCGAAAGCGUUCGUAAGGUUGGGGAAACGAAAAGAGAAGCAAUAUAUAGGUUAUCAAACACUUGCGUGUUCCAGCGUCGCAUUUACAUACAUACAUAUGUAUGUAUAUGUAUGAGAAUUCAAAAAAAAAAAAAGAAAACGAGGAAAAAUAUAAAAAAUAAUUACUAGUGUAGAAAUACUGCACUGAAGUGUUAAAUAUAUUAAGAAAGUGUAUCUGACGUAGUGCGCGCCAAAAUGAAAUAUAAAUAAGAAUGUUCAAUAAGUAAAACAAGUCGGUAGAGUAUGAAGCAGAUAACAGUGCAUGUUCAAUAAUGUGUUAAAGGGCAGCAACAAAAAUACGGUUAUUUAAAAAAACCUAAAUAAUACUAAUAAAAAUUAUUGGUGUUAUUAUUAUGGCGACAACAGACAAUUCAUAAGCUCAAUAGAAUUUAUACAACAAGAAAUAAAAGUUAAUUAAAAAUCGAUUGACGAUCAAGUUGAGGUGUGAGAAAAAGUCUCUCGAUAGCAACUUGAUGGCAGAAGCAUUAUUUCGCACAUCCUGCUACUCAGCAUACUCCUUAUCGCAGAAGUGGUUAAAUUUGAACUUAAAUACUUUGCCACUGCUGACCAUUGCCGCAGUCAACGCCUGGGCAUGGCUUGAAUGACGUGAAUGCGACUUAUUGUAUUAACAUAAUCAACGAAAGCGGAAGUGGAGCGCAUAAACGAAAUUGCCAGCGGCAAGGAUAUAUGUAUGCCAUGCCAACAAAGAAGAAGAAUAUAGAAAUAUACGUACGGUAAUACAAAGUGCUGAGAGUAGGAGCUGCACGAUGUUAUAAAAAGGAUAUGAAUUUAAUAGGCAGGCGACUCAUGUCGUAGAAGUGAAUGUAUAAAUUUUCAAAACCUAAAUGGUGCUAUAAAAUUUGCAUAUGCAAUACAACAGCUACAAGCGGGACACGCAGGAUAUGCUGGACAUUGUGGAAAAUUACUAGUAGUGUGAAACCUAGACUAGUGCACAUUCCUAAUGUGAGCGCGCAAAGGAUACGUAAGGAUAAUUGCACAAAUGCGCGGUUGAAUUGACGAAGGAGCGGCGAGUUUGAUGUAUGUAUGUGUGUGUGUUUGUUUAUUUUCGCGGAAAAAUAGAAAGAAAAAAAAAAAAGAAUUGAGAAAAUCGGUGUUAAGCGUGUUGUGCGGAUAAUACCAAGAAAGUGUUGAAUUUGAUGGAAAACAAAGAAAUGCUUAAAACAAAUUAAAUUGAUUUGCAAGAAAAGUACAGUGAUAAAAAUAAUUGUAGUAAUUGAUAGAAAAAUAAUAUUACUAACAAUUGAGAAAAAAUUACCAAGACAUUUAAAAGAAAAGAGAAAACUUUUAAAAAGUGUCAAAAAAGUUUUUAAAAACGGGUGAAGUAAGAAAUGUGAGAAAAUCUAGUUAAGGAAACAAUAAUAAAUGGGAAAAAGUUAAUAAAUUAUACGAUCUCUGUGAAAGUUGCCGAAAAACACGAGUAAAAAAUCAUCAAAAAAUAUUUAAAAUAUAGAGCAAAUUUAAAGUAAUAAAAAGGAAAUAAACGAAAGUGAAAGCAAGUUUUAAGGCAUCCCUGCGCAGUGGCUUUAAAAAGACUUCAACGUUCGGUAAAUACGUGAGUUGACGCGUCCAUUCUUCCGCGCUCUCCCUUUCUGUCUCUCUCUUUCUCUGUUUCCUUCGCUGUCUGUUUCUUUUUGUACUAUUGGCCGAGCUGAUCAAGCCCACUUGUUUGCGCAAUUGAUUUUGAGGCAUUUUUUGGCUUAUAAAUGUACAAGGACAGCAGCUGCCGCAGCAGUCCGCAGCCAACACCGCCAAAACUAACGCCAACAACAACAGCAAUAACAGCAACUGCAGAAGCAGCUAGCGAUAACAACACAGUUGAUGUACAAGCAAGCAGCAAAGAGUCAAUAGCAAUAACAACAACAACAAAAUCAACAACAGCAACCACAAAAACAUUAACUGCCGAGUCAACAGCGAGCGAUCGAGACAGUAAAACUGGACAGGCGGCAGCUAAUAAGUGUGAUGACAGCACACCCAGCGCCGCCAAAACGUACACUGAGCCUGAAUCUCCAACCGAUGAAUUCACUGUGAGUGCUUCAACAAUAGCAGCGACGAGAAUUAUAGAAACAUCACCGGCAACUGCAACAAGCGCACCACACCUGAGUAACAGCACCAGUACUGGCACUGGUACCGGCAACACGCCUAUUACACUCAGCCUCGCGGCCGAACAUUUGGAGGCAGCAGAAUACUAUCAACUCAGCUGCGCCUCAGAUUGUUCGGUUUCGUCGUCCACCUCGUUGUCAUCGGCGGCGAAUACUUCGUGCGGCAGCAGCGCCAGUGACGAUAGCGACGAAAAUAGUGAAGUUUAUACAUUCCGCGCGCGUCCGGCAUUCCCAGCGCACGUGCUACAGAGUGCGCCCAAACGACGCGCUCACUGGCGCCGCGAACACGCGCACGCGGAAUUAUCAGUAGACGUUGACAGUCGACGCGGCAGCGCGGUAAGUGGCUGGAGUGGCGUGACAGGUGUUAGUGGUGGCGGUGGCAGCAGUAGCGGACAACGCCGCAGACACCACGCGCAGCAUGCGAGUGUUAGCGCUGAUGUACGCGCGUUACGUAAAAUUGGCUACAUUGCAUCGCGUGUGCGUUUUUUGGCUAAAAUCUAUGGUGAUUUCAAAUUGGUAAACCCAUACAGUCCGGCAAAGCAGCGCAAACAGUUGCAAGAUAUUCUUUUGCGUCACUCUAUACCGGAAACGGAUCGUAAGGGCGCGGCAGCAGCGUCUGGUUAUCGCAAGAAACGCGAGACGACUGCGCAAACAGCAACAGGCACACCGCCAAUCAGUCAGCGCAGUCUGACGCCUGAUAGUUCUUUGGCGAGCAGCAGCUGCAAAGCGGAAGUUGGUGUUACACGUAUAACGCGAGCGCCACGCGCCGAGGAAGAGCCAACACUUAGCUCAUUCGAGGACGACGACGAGGCAGUUGUAGAAAACAUCGCCGAGGACGUCGAAGACGCCGAAGAGGAGGAGGAGGAGACUUCCGCUACAUUCACUGCUGGUACGGUGCGGCGUAAGUCAUCUGUGCUCGCAACGAGCGCCACCGCGUACGACGCAACACGCGCACGCUCACUUGCCGUACUCGAGGAACUGCUGGUGCAAUUCUAUGAGCAACGUCAGCAUCGUAUUACCGUAAUACGACGUCGGCACUUGAGUCGACGCGGUAGCAGCACGCGUGGAAACGGUAAAAUUGCCGGAAGCAAUUCAGCAACCGCGCAACAGCCACAACAUUUAAUCAUUAUGAGCGGCGGCAGUGCUGUGAGCACGGACAGCAAUGCCAGCCAACACCUAAUGCACACCAACGCGCCCAACGAAGUGGAGCAGCAAACGAAUUUACGCAAUGCUAAUAAUCUAUACAAUAACAGCGACGCCACUGCCGAGUUGGUGCAGCAGGGUAGCGGCAGCGGGACGCCCUCAGUCGCCUCGAACAUUUCUAGUCAAACCAAACAAAAGUCAACUCAACCGCCACCGCCACCGCAGCAACAUCAGCAUCAGCAGCAGCGCAGCUACAGCAAUGCCUUCCUGCAGCCACCUUUCAGCGGCAUAGGCGGCGGCUGUAUGGAUCGGCGGCGGCGUGCCAGUGAUUGCUCCGCGCAUCCCAGUAGUCAGCAAUUGCUGCAGCAGCAGCUGUUAAGCAAUCAGCUGCAGGUAACGCUGAAAAAUAAUAACUUCACCGUUGGUGGCGGUAAAUUUCCUUAUCAUCGUGGUAGCUGUGGCGGUGCUGGUGAACAUCUCUUAGCUGCCAAUACCAUAGCCAAUCGCUCGACGAUCAUAUUGAGUAAGUCGUGCAGUAAUGUAGAAGGCGUACCAACGACGGCGGCGGUGGCUGCAACUGCGGCUGCGCUUUAUGGUGACUCGACGCGCAAAUACAGCCUUGGCGGUCAUGUGGACGCGCCGAGUAAUGGCAACUUGGUGUCGUCGCCGGCGUUGACACCCUCACCGACGGCAAAACAACCAUAUACCACAUCAUCACAAUCACAACAACAGCAGCAACAACAACAACAACCCACCGCUGGCGGACCGGGCAGUAAUGGCAACAAUGAAUACAAUAUUGUGCAGUUGAAUAACACAAUCAUACAAUGUCAUUUCAAUGAUGAGGAUUUCCGUGCGCUCGUCAAGGAUCUGAAGCGGAAAGUGGAGUAUACUGAGCGCAUGAAUUGGCUAUGUCUCUCCAAACGUCCAAUGGGUCCGCCACAUCGUAAAAGCAGUCUACCAAAGCAUCAGGAGGUGAAAAAGCGCUUUCUGGAAAUUUGUGAUACCAACUUCUCGGAGGAGGUGAAGGCCGCACUACGUUUGCCCGCAUUCGAUUCGUACGAGUGGAGUGAUGCCGAUGUUAUACACUUAAUGCAAACGAUGUUUCUCGAAUUGGGUUUUAUCGACAAAUUCAAUAUACCAAUUGAGACGUUGCGCGAAUGGCUGUAUGAGGUCUAUAAGCAUUACAACGAGGUGCCAUUUCAUAAUUUUCGGCAUUGUUUUUGUGUGGCGCAAAUGAUGUAUGCCAUGACAAAGCAUGCCAAUCUCUUGCAACGAUUAGGAGAUUUAGAAUGUCUAAUAUUGUUAGUGUCCUGCAUUUGUCAUGAUCUUGAUCAUCCUGGCUACAACAACAUAUAUCAGAUAAAUGCGCGCACUGAAUUGGCACUAAGAUAUAAUGACAUUUCUCCUUUGGAAAAUCAUCAUUGUUCAAUAGCAUUCCGUUUGUUGGAGCAUCCUGAAUGUAACAUUUUCAAAAACUUCAGCGGUGAUACCUUCAAAGAAAUACGUGAGGGUAUCAUACGUUGCAUAUUGGCCACAGAUAUGGCGCGCCACAAUGAAAUCCUAACACAAUUUAAAGAGAUUACGCCCAUAUUCGAUUACUCAAAUCGGGCACACAUCAAUUUGCUCUGCAUGGUGCUUAUUAAAGUGGCCGACAUCUCAAAUGAGGCGCGACCCAUGGAUGUCGCCGAACCUUGGCUUGAUCGUUUACUACAGGAAUUUUUCGCACAAAGCGCAGCUGAGAAGUCGGAGGGACUGCCCGUCACACCCUUCAUGGAUCCGGAUAAAGUUAGUAAACCUGGUUCGCAGGUGCGUUUCAUCGGUUUGGUGCUAUUACCACUCUUCGAGGCGUUGGGUGAGUUGGUGCCCGAAGUGAUUGAGUUGAUUAUAAUACCCGUGCGCAUAGCGCUCGACUACUAUAGACGCUUGAAUGACGCCCAAGCCAAAUCGCGCAAAUCUGUCGCAGACACCGCCUCAAUGGCCGCAUCGGACAAUAUAAGCGCCGCAUCUGACGGUGGCACCAGCGCGACUGCUGGGUGUCCCAGUGGUGCUGCGGCUGGUGGUGGAGGUGGUGGUGGAGGUGGUGGUGGCAGCGGUGGGGGGCAUGUGCACAGCCCUGCUGCCGGCACAAAUGGUCAGAUUACUAGCACCUCGACGGGCACAGCCACUACUACAGCAGGGAGUAGCGCCGGCGGCGGCUCUGGCAGUGGCGGCACCAACUCUGGCGGCAGUAUUUCACCACAAAUGCCACGCUCACAAUCGGGCAUUAGUGUGAAGUCCCGCCGGAGUAUACCAUCACAGAAGUCCGCAUCGCGCACCUCUGUCGAUGAGCCGCAAUGUCUGGCAGCUGAACUACACGAUCUGCCCGAGGGUAGUGAGAGUGGCGAUUCGGAAACGGCAACGGAAGUGGAUGUCGCCGAGAAGACGUCCAAGUUCAAAGUGGACACCGAGGGCAGCAGCAAUCGCUCCAAGUCCUCGCACUCUACUUCACGCAAAUCGUCGCGUGAAAAGCGCCCCUCCAUGAUCGGCGAGAUGUGCAGCAGCGGUGGCGGUCAGCGCAUACGCAACUCCUAUGGCAACAUACACGGCUACCACACCAACCGCUGUCACUUCAGCUCCAAUCGCGCCGUCAGCUUGGAUCAAUACAGUACCAACAAUCGACGGCUAUCCGAUGGCCUACAGCAGGUGAUCUCCGAUAGUAAUGUCUUCUAUAAUCGUCAGAAUCGUGGUAGUCUCGAGGCGACCGCAAAUCGUUUGGGCGACGACUUGAAUAUGAACACGACCAACACAGGCGGCGCGGGCGGUGUCGCACAGUCUUCCACACAGCCGCUAAAUCCCAGCAAUGUGCCAAAUGUGGAGUGCAGUGCCGGCAUGUCAUCGUCGCAUGUAGGUGGCGCGAUGUGCGCCAGCCCAUCUUGCCAGCAUCAUCAUCUUCAUCAUCCUAUACACCAUGCGGCACACUACAACAGCCAGCAACAACAACAGCUGCAGCAACAGCAGCAACAACAAUUUCAGCACCAACAACAGCAGCUACAACAACAUUUCCAGUCGUCGUCGAAUGGCAAUCUCUCACCCACCCAGCUGCUGCAACCGAAGUUGCAGCAACACUGCUGUGCUGCAGCUGCCGCCGCCGCCGCCGCAGCUGCUGCAGCCGCCAACACGUCCAAUGGUCUGGGCGGUGGCAAUGGCUUGGGUGGCAAUGGUGGCGGCGGCGCUACCGUGUCAAAGUCCACCUGGAAGACGCGUCUUAAACAGUUCUCCGACUAUUUUGGCUUUUCCUUCGACAAGGGCGGUAAACGUUUCGGCAGUACACGCAGUUCACCGUGUCCGUCGCGCAACAAUAAUGCCAUCGGCUUAACGGGCGUACAUCAGCUGGGCGAUCCACUGAUUGGCGGCAGCGGUAGCGGCGGUACUGGCAGUGGCAAGCCUCAAAGUAUCUGCUGCACCAUCUCGAAUAGCCUGCAGUCACCCAGUCUGCGCCACAAAUCGCUUGCGGCAGGUGCCGGCCUGCCCACUCAUUCGGAACUCGUGAGCGCCGGUCGCCUGCGCGCCUAUAGCCUGGACGUACCCUGCAGUCAUGCGACGAGUAAUCCGCGUUACAGCAGCAGCAGUGGUGGCGGCGGUGACAGUAGUCGCAAAUCCUCUCGCCACGACGGCGGCACUACCGGCACCGGUGAUGAUAACAACAGCAACAAUACGCUACAUAGCAGCGGUGGAGGCGGCAGUGAAAUGCCCACUUGUCUUCCGCCACCCAUACGCAUUGGCAGUGUGGACGCCAGCGAUACGAUAUUGAUAACAACCGGCUUGCCGCGCGUCAUAACACCCGCACAUCUCGGCGAGACCGAGGCGAGUUUAAGUAUUGACUUAGGUAUGGCUAGUGGCUCCUCGUAUGAGCCGCCGAAAAUUUGACAACGGGGUAGCUCGGAGACGACAACGAAUUCGCUCUCGAAUAACGGUGCAUUUGCAGCGCUGCUGCAGCAACAGAAGGAGGCGGCCACGUCGGCGGGUGCGGCAUCGUUGCGACACAGCUCCAGCUGUAAUAUGUCGUCAUCGAUGUCGCUGACCGUUUGGUCGGCAUUGGGACAACGGCUCAGCGCGUUGGUGUGUCAUUGCUGCGAACGAAAGUUGCCCGAACCGGAGAAUGUCUGAAGCGGUGUGAGGCAGUGUGGAGAGGGGAUUUCAGAGAAAAGUUUUAGAUAAUUAAAAAAAUGGCGCAGAAAGUAAUGCAAAUGGGUUGCGAAUGUGGUGAGGCAACAACUGACGUUAGUGGCUCGCUGUUGUGGCAAUAAUGUUGGUGAGGUGUGGGAGAUCAUAGGAUAUACAAGUAUAUAAUUGGCAAGAGAAGUGAAUGAGCAGAAAAUGUUGCGAAAAAAAGUCUUGCGAACAAAAAUUUUCAGAUGGAAAUAUGUUGUUUGUGGAAAUAAUAAUUCUAUGUAAAAUCUUGCCGUCCCAAAAUGUAGUGCAAAAGAAUAUUGCUAAAAAAAUUGGGAAAAAAUAGCUAUGAAAAAUCAUUUUCAUCAAAAAUGUUGUAGUAAAAAUGUUGCUGAGAUAAAUGUUGUUAAGAAAAAUACUGAAUUUUGCUGGCGAAAAAUGUCUCACAAGCAAAAGUUCUAAAAAAAAAAAUAAUUUGAAAAAAUUUGCAAUGAAAACGUUGCUUGCAAGAAAUUUUUUUCCAGCUUAAAACAAUUCCAGCAAAACGUAUUUGACAAAAAAAAAAUUCCACAAUAAAUGUUGCUAAGAUAAAUUUCUUAUGAAAAAUGUUGCCAACAAAAAUUGUGAAUUCUUUCAACUCAACCUUUGCCGACAACGGGUGUUGCAUUAAACUUUUGCAAUAAAAACCGUUCGAUGAAAAUUUUAUUAAGAAAUGUGUUGCCAACAAAAAAUGUUGCUAGCAGAUAUUUAAAAAAAAAAUUUUUUAUUUUUACAAAAAUCUUACAGUGGGGAGUGUUAACAAAGAAAAUGUCUUCUUCAAGCCUAGCUCUAUACUCUAUUUAAUAAUAUAUAAUUUUUUUUAUAAAAAAAUUUUAUUGGAAUUUGCUCUUAUCAUUUGCAUUUCACUGCUGCGAAAAAUAGUCAUACACUUAUAAGUUCAAAAAUAAUAUUUGAUUUCAAUUUUAGACAUUUAUUUUAUUUAAUAAAUAUAUUAAUCUUAUGUUUUAACAAUUUUGUAACGUCAAAAAUAUUUAAAUAUUAGUAGUUGUACGCUUUGAAUAAAAUUGAUAAAUUCAUUAAAUAUUAUAUAUAGGUUGCUAAUAAAUAACUAAAAAUUUAAAAUAUAUGAUUUUUUGCUAUAUAUUUCUAGGUGUGUAUGGUGUGUCAAAAGCGUGCAAAUUUUUAUUUUACUCUAAGCUAAAAAAAAAAA